CGCAGCAAUCCAGUCGCCUCUGGGAUUCGGCCUGUACCGCGGCCGUAGGCCGGCGCGGCUGUCCGAUCCGGCGCCAGCGUUGGACAGCCCUUCGUCCGAUGAGCAGCACGACUCGUUUGAGAGCGGUAUCCGCGACGAAUUCAGCUUUCUGCGGGAGCCCGAGUCCGAGGACUCCACGUUCUACGACGACGAUGUCUACCCCGUCCAUCUCCCCGAGCAAGCUUGCUUCAAGGAGGACUACGGCAGCGGCGGCGGCGGCGGAGAGGAGGCGGACCGGCAUCCGCCCUGGUCGGGCCCAGUCGGAGGGCGCUCGGCGACGACUGCGGCCAAGUCUGCAUCCAGCGCCAAGAGGAGCGCCAGUCCGGCCGAGCACCGCCGCAGGGGAGCCAUGGGUAACGUCCUCUCCUGCUUCCACGGCUCGUUUUCGCCGAGCGAGGCCGAGACCGAGCACAAGCUGCUCCCCGUAGCGCCCAAGCCGCCGGCAGAGGGCAGGGGCGAAAGCAUUGUGCAGGUGCGGAGUGUGGACCUACGCGUGGCAGAGAACGCCCAGCAGCACCGCACCGAGGACUAUGAGCUGACCAAGGGGAACGAUCCGGUGCUGGUGGUGCGCCGGGGGGAUCCCUUCAGGGUGGCCCUCGAGUUGAGCCGACACUACAAUGCGGACAGGGACACCCUGGCCUUCGUCUUCACCGUCAGGGGUGAAGAGGCCCCGUCCUACACCAAAAACACCGUGGCUGUGGUGCCCGUCGGCUACCGGUCGUCCACCGAAUACUUGGGAGGUGUCUCUUCCUGGACGGCUCUCGUCCAGAGUUCUCGCGACAACGUCAUCGACGUCGAGAUCACACCUCCUGCCAAUGUCAUAGUCGGAGAUUGGAUCAUGGACAUUGAUACUAAGAACCGUUCCGAGAACGACAACACUGGAUUCCGAUACACACACAGGGACCCAGUCUACAUCCUCUUCAAUCCUUGGAACAGGGCCGACACGGUGUACAUGGACAAUACCAAGAUGCGGUAUGAGUGCGUUCUAAUGGAGAGUGGCCUCAUCUGGCGAGGAAGCCACAGCAGACUUAGGCCUACCGUGUGGAGCUACGGCCAGUUCGAGAAGAACGUGCUCGAAUGCUGCGUCUACCUGCUGCGACACGUGGGACGGCUGGCGUCUCCAGCGUGCGCGGAUCCUGUCAAAGUUGCCAGGCACGUCUCUGCGGUGGUCAAUGCUCCGAACGAUGAAGGUGUCGUCGUGGGCAACUGGACAGAGAAAUUUUCCAGCGGCACACCGCCAACAGGGUGGACAGGGAGUGCCUCAAUAUUGCAGCAGUUUUACAAACACAAAAAGCCUGUGAAGUACGGCCAGUGUUGGGUCUUCGCAGGCGUAGCAACCACUGUGCUUCGGGCCCUGGGCAUACCGUCUCGGCCAGUGACCAACUACUACUCGGCCCACGACACGCACAGCAGUUUGACCGUGGACCAGUUCUACAACGACAAUGGGGAGGCCAUUGAGAAGCUGAACAAGGACUCGAUCUGGAACUUCCAUGUGUGGAACGAGGCGUGGAUGACGCGGCCUGACCUGGAGCCCGGAGACUACUCUGGCUGGCAGGCCAUCGAUGCCACACCGCAGGAAGCCUCGGAUGGCGUCUACCGCUGUGGACCAGCUAGCGUCAAGGCUAUCAAGCGGGCCGAGAUUCUGAAGCCCUACGAUGGUACAUUCAUCUUCGCGGAGGUGAACGCAGACCAGAUCUACUGGCGUUACCAGGGCCCCAUGCAGCCACUCAAGCUCAUUCGCAAGGCCACGGACAAGAUUGGACAGUGUAUCAGCACGAAAGCCGUUGGUAAAUUUGAACGCGAAGACAUCACAGAUUCCUACAAGCACCCCGAACACACACAAGAGGAACGCAACGCGAUGCUGAAGGCCCUGCGCAAGUGCAACCACGCCUACUCCCGCUACUAUCUGAACGAUGAACUGGAAGACGUCACGUUCGACUUCGAGCUUCUGGAUGACAUCGUUAUCGGCUCCCAAUUCACGGUGAAGCUCAGCGCCAGGAACAAGAACCCGACCAAAGAGUACUCGGCACACGUCGUCAUGCGCGUCGAGAGCACCCACUACACGGGCAACAAGAGAAAGCUGGUCAAGAGCGGUCAGUUCGAUGUCAUCAUCAAGCCAAACUCGAGAGAGGAAGUGUCCAUGGAGGUGACGUACGUUGAGUACGAAAAGGUGCUGCUGGACCAAGCCAUGUUCAACAUUGCCACGUUGGCCACCAUCAAGGAGACAAAGUUUGACUACUUUGCGCAGGACGACUUCAGGGUGCGCAUGCCUGACGUCAAAAUUGAGACCGAUGGCGAUGCGAUCGUAAAGAAACCACUGGCUGUCAAGGCCUGGUUCAGGAACCCGCUUCCAAAGUCGCUGACCAAAGGAUUGUUCGUCAUCGAGGGACCGGGGCUUACGGAACCGCUGAGGCUGGCCGUCAAGCAGAAAAUUCCCCCGGGUGAGGAAGUGAAGGUCACCUUCUACCUGACUCCCAAAACUGCUGGACCCAAAGCCAUCAUUGCCAAAUUCAACUCCAAGGAACUGACCGACGUGGAUGGCUUCAAAGCGAUUGAUAUUAAUGACACGUCUUUCUUGGAGGCCGCCAACAUUACGCCCGUAGCCGCCACUGCUUGACGACCAAAAGUGCCCAGCGAGGGAUUUGAGAUUGUUCUUUAUUAUUUCUCUUUGCAAGAAAACAGUUCUACUUUACUACGUUAGUUCUGUCACUUGCCAAGGCAUGUUACUUAAUGAGAAUUAAAUCAUUUUCCGAAUAUGA